AUGGGAAGAUAUUGCCAAUUAUCUGGUUAUAAUUUGGAAAAUCAAUUCUUCUCGUCAAAUGAUUCAUUUCAUAAUGAAUAUCAUCUUAUAUUAUGCAUAGAUGGGAAGUUUAUUUUUGAUACAAAAUGGACCGAGAUUCCCUGGUCCCAACCGUUUAGAUUCGCUGAUAAGACAUUGGUUCUCUCCAGAACAAAGCGGUACGCAUCAAGAAGUGUACCUGUCUAUUUACCAAAUAUUGAAAUUGGUGGCAUAUUCGAUGUCAGUGAAGAUGGGACGGAUCCUAUUCCUGUAUCACCUUUAGUUUCAGUUCCAAUAACAGAUUAUUGGGUUGAGUUACGUCAUGAUGGUUUAUUCGUUUAUCAUAUCCCGUUGUUGGGUACACCAACUAUCAUUGAUGAUAGUUGGCAAGCAGACAUCUUGGUGAAUGAGAAUUAUCAUUAUAAUAAUUCUGUUAAGACGCUUGAGUCAAGCGAGCGGAUUAACAAUCAGUUAUAUUCUAGAUUAGUUGAUUCAUUAAUCUUUCUGAAAAGAUUAUCUAGUGCAUCGUUCAAGAACUUUUUAUAUAAAAUAAAUAAACUUUUAUCAUAG